AUGACCGCAAUCGAAGAGAUCAACACAGAAUACUACCGAGAAUGCGUUAUACUUGCGUUACAAGCGGUUGCUGCAGUUCGAGUUUCAUUACAUUCACCGAUUGGAAUUGACAGUCCAUCAAACAAUAGGCUGUCAAAACGAUCACCUGUUGAACUGAGCCGUGAUGCUAACAGAUGUUACACAAUGAAAUUCAAUAUUUAUGGAAUCGAUUUGGGUUUAUAUGUCGAUUCAUCAAUUUCUGAUACGAUCGUACCAUAUCCUACUCCAAAAAACAAUGCAGGUUUGGAUAUACUAAGUAUUAUAAGUGGGAGACACGUUACUAUAGAUUACAAAGGCAAAGAGUAUAGAGGAAUUAGUUUCACAGCCACUGUGACGAUUCCGGGUACCGAAAUAACUGGCAUUGGGUUACCAGUAGUAGCAGUUGAAAAACAAUCGCCAGAUAUAGUUGGUAUCAGUCCAAAUUUUGAUGGAGUAUUUGGGAUUGGUUAUCCCUCGUUGUCAAAGCGUCGUCCACAAAUCACUGUGUUGGAUAGUUUGUACAAUGGUGGUACCAUUCCCAAUAACGAGAUUGGAAUUCAACUAUGUCCGUAUGGCAUGACUUCAAAUAGCUUCAUCAAUAUAGGAAACACGGACGUAACUGCAAAAUGCGGAACAGAUGGAACAAGUGUUGCAUGGGUAAACUCACCAACAACCGAUCGCCAUACUGUCAACAUCAGAAUUAUACUAGUCGAUGACGAACAAGUGGAACUGCCCGAGAGAUUUCAGCAAGUUGUGGAAAACGGACGUACUUUGUAUUCAUAUAUACAUACAUGCUUUGUAUAUAUGCGUUUUCCUGAAGUAGUCGUGACAGCAUUGGUUGACGCUAUUCUUGAUAGUGGUGCGAUCACUGCCAAGAAUAGUAUGCUUAAGCGCAAGCUCAGCCCGGAAGAUAUUGAUAACAUAUUUUGGAAACACUAUCCAAUGCCCAAAUCCAGUUUUAAUAUCGAAUGGAACAAGCUGCCGUCACUCACAAUCGUAAUGUAUUCUGAAACUCCCGUAACUGAUGACAAUCGCAACUCUGUUGUAGCAAUCAAAUUGGGUCCCAAAGACUAUCUAAAGAGAAUUGAUUCUAAAAAUUACCUGUUUUCUGUAGAAGUUGGUCCAAGUGACAAUGCAAUUCUUGGUAUACCAUUUAUGAACCGACUUAUAGUCACAUUUGAUUUACAAAAUGCACGCAUUGGAUUUGGUCCUGGAUGUGGAUGUGAAGUCAUGGCUGAUGGUUAUCCUAUUAUUUCAAACGGUCAUGAAGUGCUCUGGUCACCAUCACAAUUGCCUGAACAACCAAGUACUUCAAGUUCAGAUCUCACAUCUACUCUCAGGAGAUCAUUGUCGCAACUUGGUAAUACUCUCCGUGGUAGUAAGCAUUCAAAGGCCACUCACAAGAAAGCUUGA